UCUCUCUCUCUCUCUCUCUCUCCUCUCCUCUCCUCUCCUCUCCUCUCCAGUCAAGUGUACGCACACCACAGUAUGAAGUCCGAUAUCGAGGCUCACCCUGACCCCGAGUCGACGAAACCCUCGUCGUUGGCCCGACUAUGGAAUCAAUCCAUCAGUCCGGUUUACGCGGAUUGGGUUGGUCUUGUGCUCUGCUUUGUCACUGGUUUAUGCGACAGCAGUGCCUAUAAUGCUUGGACCUGUUUCCUUGCUAUGCAAACAGGAAACACAAUCUUCCUCGGUCUAGGCGCCUCCUCCCAACCCUUCAACAAACCCUGGGGUUGGCUAAAAUCCCUCGUCUCCAUCGCCGCCUUCUUCCUCGGCGCAACCGCCUUCUCCAACACAACCCGUCUCGCCGGCCCCCGUCGUCGCGGAACCCUCUUCGUCUCCUUUCUCUUUCAGUCCAUCCUCAUCAUCAUCGCCGUCGCCCUGAUCGAAGCAGACCUUAUCCCGCAUACGUCGCAAGAUGCUAGUCUCACCGGUGGACCGCUGUUCCUCGAACUUAUACCGAUUGCGCUCCUGGCGUUCCAGAGCGCGGGGAGUAUCACGUCUACUCGAGCGCUGGGGUAUAAUGAGAUUCCCUCGGUGGUGUUGACGAGUGUGUACUUUGAUCUGGCGAGUGAUCCGAAGCUCAUCUCUGGGCCGACCGGGAAUGUCAAGCGGAAUCGUCGUGCCGGUGCUGUGAUUAUGUUGCUUAUCGGGGCGAUUGUGGGUGGGUGGUUGAGUCGGAGUGCAGGGGGGAUGGAGUCUGCGUUGUGGAUUUCGGCUGGGAUUAAAUUCGUGAUUGGGUUUGUGUGGUUUGGUUGGUGGGGGGAGCAGUAGUUUUACAUUCAACUGGAUUUGGAGCAUAGCAUAGGAUACUUGAUAGAUGGUUAGACAGGGUACUAGAUGGGCGAGACACGUGGCUAAUGCAUGAUAGACCUACAUAUGCAUCUCUAUGCAUCUCUACGCAUGGCUACAGGGGUUAGACCAGGAUAAAUAGUGUCAAAAAGUAAAAGUAGUAAAUAAAUAUAAAGUAAGUCAUGGAGGUAGUGGGUGUCUAUGCAGUCUCAGGCACAACAAAAGAAAAGAGACAGCCGAAAAGAUCGAAUCAACCAGUCCACAAAUUAAAACAAACAGUCGCAAUCCAAGACAAUCGCAGAAUGGUAUCUCGAAGCAAAGCAAUGCUCAACGCGACGGUACACAGAAAGCUGAAGAAACGAAGAAAUG